UUCGAAUUUCAAGGAGAUUUUGAUCCAAAUAAAAGCCAAGAGCGUGUGUUCAACGUCACACAAGAACAAAUCACGGAUUGGAUUGGUCAGAAAAUUCUAGAUUUCAAUUCGAGUCAAGGCAUCCUUUCUGGAAGUAAUAUGAUGGUCAGCGGUUUGAAAUGUAACGACAUUAAUGACAGGGUCGAUACAGUGUUGGAGGUUGCUGAUAUCUUCGUCGGUCUUGGUGAAGGAGUAUUAAGCUUCUUGAAAGCAUAUCUGGAGAAAAACUCGGAAAGGCGAGCAAGUGCACUUCUAUUAUGGUGCCAACGGAAAACGAUUGGUUACUCUAACGUCAAGGUAGUAAACUUUACAAAACGUGGAAUGAAUUCUCUCGCCUUCAAUGCUCUUCUUCAUGCACGUAGGAGUCUGCUCGAUGUUGAAGACGUUGAUGCGGCUCGUUCAGAUGAGAAUUCAGUCAUUACAUGCGUAUCACUAUGUUAUCAUCACUUCGCAGAGCAAAAGCGGAAGUUGACUGGAGCUAGUCGAGUAGUCAACAGCUGGACAAAAAAUGAUCAGAUAGUUGCGGAUGAAAUGGAUCAUGGGCGGAAAACGGUUGAAGCGGAGAAAUCGUUGAAAAACAGAAAGCUAUUGCAAGUAAUAUUUUUGCGUGGAUUUGUCGAAAAGCUCCUUAAUACUUUUAUCAACAAUGAAGAUCACUAA